AUGUCUCUCAAACACUCAUACACACUAUCAUCACCACCACUAGUGUUCCUUCUCGUUGCAGCAGGACUGAUGUUUCUUCUUUCAUCCACCAAUAACAACAACAACAAUCAUGAUCGAUCUUCAUUCUUUGUCUCGGCACAACAACCUGGAACCAACAAACCAGCAAAUUCAUCUCUACAUAUUUUCAGCCAGUAUCACACAGCUUCAUUGGCUCCUGGAGCACUUCUCUACAAACAAUUCACACCUGACGUUUAUUUGACCUAUGAAGUAGAAUGUUACAACAGACCUUGUGACGUUUUAUUGAUCAAAACAAAACAAGAUUAUUUCAAUUGGAGAUCUGAUUACUAUAACACUGCUUUCAUGAUUCCCGAUCAAAUCAAGUAUGGAAAUAUUUAUACCUAUAGAAUUGAUUAUCAAACAACUUCUGAUGUUGUGUUGGUGAUUGCCAAUCCUAAAAAUUCAACAGCUAAAACCGAUGUUUGGUACAAUUACAAAACAGCUGACGUGGUCACUAAUGGAGGAAUGAUUGCAGCCAUUGUCAUUGGAUCAUUGAUUGCUGUGUGUUGUUGUGUGUGUUGUUUGGGAGUAAUUAUUUACUUGUUGAGAUUGAGAACAAAUCCAAGAGAUUACAUGCCACAACAAGAUUUACCAAGAGAAUUCUAA